CCAGGCCCAGCCGCCACCAGCAGCGCCUGCCAGCUGCUCAGAGGGUCUGGCCAGGGGACGGCCACCAAGAUGGGGGCUUGGGCCCUGCUGCUGUCACUGCUCGUGGCCACGGCCCGGGCCCAGGUCUGCUCUGUGAGCGACACCAUCUUCGAAGUCGCAGAGAACACUAACCGGCCUGAGCCCCUGGCUGACAUCUCUGUCCCCGCGGGCCAGCAGGUGACCCUCGGACCGUCGUCCACCCCCGACGCCUUCCGGAUCCAGGGGACUCAGCUCUUUCUCAACGUGACCCCCGACUAUGAGGAGAACACGAUGCUGGAGGCGCACCUGGAGUGCAGAAGUGGCGGCGCCGUGGUGACGCAGCUCAGAGUCUUUGUGAUUGUGCUGGACAUCAACGACAACCCGCCCGAGUUCCCCUUUCAAGUCAAGGUGGAGAAUGUGUCUGAGGACACGAAAGUGAGCACCAUCGUCAUCCCUGCGACGGGCCUGGAGGCCCAGGAUCGCGACCAGGAUGACAUCUUGUUCUAUACCCUCCAGGAGGUGACCCCGGGCGCCGGUAGCUUCUUCUCCCUGGUGGGCACCAACCUCCCCGCCCUGCGGCUGGACCGGCGCCUGGACUUCGACGCGCGGCAGAGCAUCGACUUCCUGCUGCUGGUGCGGGACACGCGGGAGGAGGGCGCAGAGCCCAGCCACACGGCCACGGCCACCUUGAUCGUGGAGGUGCAGCCUGCUGACCUUCGCCCCCCCUGGUUCCUGCCCUGUGCCUACUCCGACCAGCACGUGUGCAUCAACGCCGAGUACCACGGUGCCGUCCCCACGGGGCACCAGCUGCCGGGCCCCCUCGUGCUCCGUCCAGGGCCCGUCCACGCUGUGGACGGGGAUCAGGGCAUCAGCCAGCGCAUCCUCUACAGCAUUGUGCGGGGACAAGAAGAUGGCACGUUCGCCAUUGGCGCUGACUCGGGCAAUCUCACCAUGACCAGAAGUGUCCCCAGCCCAAAGACCUUCACUCUGGUGGUCAAGGGUGAGCAGGCAGACGGCGCCCGCUACUCGGUGACCUGGGUCAAGAUCACGGCCCGAAAUGCCACCGGGCGCCCGCCCUACUUCGCCAAGAGCCGCUACCACGGCAUGGUGGCGCGUGGCUCUGGAGGAGGCGUGGAGGUCAAGGACGCAACCACCCCCUCCCUGCCUCUGAGGGUCUGGGCGCAGGACCCUGACUUUCCGGACCUCAACUCUGCCAUCACCUACCGCGUCACCAAUAACACUGACUUCCGGAUGGAUGGCGAGACCCUGCUGACCGCCUCCCUGCUGGCCGACGAGGGGGUCUUCUACGCAGAGGUUGAGGCCAACAACACAGUGACCGCGGGUACAGCCCGCACGGUGGUGGAGAUUCAGGUGCUGGAGUGGGAGGAGCCCACCCCCCCCACAGGCCCCCCAGAGACCCCCACAUCCCCAGAGACCGGAAGAACAAGCAGGCCCCCCAGCAGCACCACUUCAGAAGCCCCCAGGCCCCCGGGGCCCUCUCAGGGACCCCCUCCGACCAGCUCUGCGACCCCGGGGCCCUCUCAGGGACCCCCUCCGACCAGCUCUACGACCCCGGGGCCCUCUUCAAGCACAAUUCCAAGGCCACCUGCCUCAUCUACGCCCGGCGGGCCCCCCAGCGUGGAAACCAGCAGCUCCCUCCCAUCAGCUUCAACCAGCGGGGGCUCAACACAGUCGCUGAAGCCAGGAACCUCUCAGCCAAUGCCCUCUGGGCCCAGCAGAACUCCCCAAACCUCAGGGCCAGCCCAGACUGGAGGAGGCAGCACUGCGGGGACCCCCGGGGACAGCGAGCCAGGUGUCGGUGCCGCCGGGGACCGGCGCUUCUCUGUCGUGGACAUGGCGGCCCUGGGCGGGGUGCUGGGCGCACUGCUCCUUCUGGCUCUGCUCGCCCUCCUCAUCCUGGUCCACAAGCACUACGGCCAGCGGCUCAAGUGUUGCUCUGGGAAAGCUGUGGAGCAGCCCCUCAGCUUUGACAAUGAGGCCUUUGAAGCCCCCCAGGAGGCCAACUGGGCGCCAGCUCCCUACUCCUCCCCUGGCCUCAUGCGGGCGGCCCCGGAGCCCGCGGAGCCCCCGGAGCCUGCGCUUCCGGAGCCCCCCAGCACUACGACCCUGCGUCCAGCCUCAGAGUCCCCCGAGCUGACCCGCGAUGGAGGCAGCCCAGCGGCCGUGAGGUCCAUCCUGACCAAGGAGCGGCGGCCUGACGGCGGCUACAAGGCCGUGUGGUUUGGGGAGGACAUUGGGGCUGAGACCGACGUGGUGGUCCUCAACGCGCCCGCCUCCGACGCGGCUGGCGCCAGCGACUCUGGCAGCGACGACGAGGACGCAGAUGCUGGUCCCCAGGCCGAUGACACGCCUAGCACUGGCUCCUCCUACGUCUAGCUGGGCUCCCCGCCUCCCCCGUGGGCAGGACCUGAUGUCUGCCAGCCCCUCGCCCCCACUCCAACGUGCACAAUAAAGCGACAGUUUCCCA